UGAGGCCAGGAUUGCUACCGAGUGGUCCAAUCCGACACGCAUGACACGUAGCAAAGCCACCCCGCACACAUAAAAACCAAAAGAUUUAUCCGUUUCUAAGUAAUUUCCAUUUCCAUUCUUCCCUCUUCGCUCUAGUGUUCUCUUCCCUACUCGUCCUUCCCGUUUCUCUCCCCUCCAAUGACUAUCCUUCUCCCGCCACCUGUCUCUCUCUUUCCCGCCAAAUACAAACCUGGGGCCUUCCUCAAACCGGCCCGUCCCCUCCCUUCCUCUCGUCCCCGCGCUCCCCGGCGGCGGGAAAGCCCACCACCGCGUGCCGCCGGGGCCAUCGUCUCUGGCGUCGACGAAGACGCCUUCACCAAGUACUCUGGCUAUCUCUUCGAGAACGGUGCUUCCUCGGCGGCGGAGUUCCUGGAUGAGUAUGAUCUCCCGGCUAUUUCAGCAAUUUAUCGCCGGAAACCCGUCCUGCUCCUCCGCCGGUCUCUCCAAAUAGGUGCCACCUUUGGUCGGUGGUUUGCCCUCCGUUACCUUGAUAGCAUCUCCGAUCGGUCCGAUGAGAUGUUCAAGGUUAGAGCUGCGGAGCUUCGGAUGAUACUACUGGAGCUCGGCCCGGCAUUUGUGAAAAUUGCUCAGGCUGUGUCAUCAAGAGCAGAUGUGAUUCCACCUGCAUAUCUGGAGGAGCUUUCAUUGUUGCAAGAUCGUAUAGCACCCUUUUCAACUGAGAUUGCUUUCAGCAUGAUAGAAAAAGAGCUUGGACUACCAAUAGACAUUCUUUUCUCUGAGAUUUCACCAGAGCCAGUUGCUGCAGCAUCUCUUGGGCAGGUUUAUCAGGCCAGGCUUCGCUCUAGUGGGAAAGUUGUUGCUGUCAAAGUGCAGAGGCCUGGAGUUCGAGCAGCAAUUUCAUUGGAUAUCUUUAUCCUGCGGUAUAUUGCAGGGCUGGUAAGGAGAGCAGCCAAGCUGAACACUGAUCUUCAGGCUGUAAUUGAUGAAUGGGCAUCAAGCCUAUUUCGGGAGAUGGAUUACAGGGCUGAAGCAAGGAACGGACUCAAGUUCAGGAAGCUGUAUGGGAGACUACGGGAUGUUUUUGUGCCAGAGAUGUUUAUGGAACAAACCAGUCGUCGAGUUCUUGUCAUGGAAUGGGUGGAGGGGCAAAAAUUAACUGAAGUCAAAGAUCUUUAUUUGGUUGAGGUAGGAGUAUAUUGCUCACUUUCUCAGCUUUUAGAACAUGGAUUUUAUCACGCAGAUCCUCAUCCAGGAAAUCUUCUGCGGACAUCUGAUGGGAAACUAGCAUACUUAGAUUUUGGAAUGAUGGGUGAAUUUAAGAAAGAAUUUCAAGAUGGGUUUAUUGAAGCUUGUCUUCACCUUGUUAAUCGUGAUUUUGAUGCUUUGGCAAAGGACUUUGUAACACUUGGACUCCUUCCUCCGACCGCACAAAAGGAUGAAGUUAGCAAGGCAUUGACAGGUUUUUUUCUGCUUCAUUUUACAAUCUGUAGCCUCAGAACAACAUCAUGUGCAUGUUUACUAUCAUAUUUGUUUGCAGGUGUUUUCCAAAAUGCUGUCAACAAAGGAGUUCGCAAUAUAAGUUUUGGAGAUUUGUCAGGAAAUCUUGGACGCACCAUGUACAAAUUUAAAUUUCGGAUACCCUCCUACUUCUCGCUUGUAAUUCGAAGUCUUGCUGUUCUGGAGGGUAUUGCUAUCAGUUUCAAUCCAGAUUACAAAGUUUUAAGUAGUUCAUACCCAUGGAUUGCAAGAAAAGUUCUCACCGACAGCUCACCCCAGCUUCAGUCUACUUUGCAGGCACUCCUUUAUAAGGAAGGUGUUUUCCGGAUUGAUCGCCUAGAGUCUCUAUUAACUGAGUCACUUCGUGCAAGAACUGAGCAGUCAAUGGUUAGAAAGGAAGUAGGGAAAACUGAUUCUACAGCAGCAAUCCAGCAAGCGCUUUCUUUCACUUUGUCUGAAAAGGGUGCAUUUGUGAGGGAAAUAUUGAUGCAAGAGUUUGCUAAAGGAAUAGAUGCACUUGGUUUAGCUACCUUGGACUCUCUCACAUCUGCUGUUGCUUCAAGGUUGCCAUUUGCCUUUCCGUACUCAGCAUCAUCAUCAGUCACCGAUGAAGAUAUUGCUAAUUUGAGAACUUUGCGUCGCCUUCUCCUGCUGUUAUCCAGGCUUCAGAAGGAUGGAAAUCCAAAUACAGAAAUAAAAUAUGCUGAUGCUGAAGUGAACAAAAGUGCCUAUAUGGAGGAGGUCUCUCUUGUUAUAUAUCAAAUGACAUCUAUACAAGAAUUUUGGCCUAUUCUUUCUGUCAUUUAUGAGCUUCCACCAGAGACCCAACAGCAAGUAGUUCGUCUACCAGCCGAUUUAGUUGGGAGGCUGUUCUCUCGUGCAGCUGCAAGAACUAUUAGAAGGAUUUUUGCAUAAAGCUAAGCAUUUCAUUAACAACCAUUAUUUGUUGCUUCGAUGGCACUAGGUUCUAUUAACUUGCCCUCAUUGAUGGUGGAAGUAGGUUUGAUAGCCCUCAUAUUCAUUGAAGUGAUAUUCAAUAAUUCGUUCGUCGGUCAGAUUGUAUCUUUGAUCAGUGCAAAUGCUGGGACAAAUGGCUAAUGGAGUGCCAUCUUUCUUCUCCAAAUUUUUCUGGAUGUAAUCAUUAAUUGGCAACAUAGUCUUCAUGCAGAUUGAGUCAAUUCGCUGCAUGAUGUUUUUGGAGGAGAAUGUAAAAAAAAAUGAUUUUGGUUACGCCAUUCAGAAAUAUUAAUGUUCCCCGUUAUAACACAAA